GAGAGAGUUGAAAAUUAGGGUUAGGGUUUACCAGACAUUCCAUGGAAGUUUCUACCACACACUCAACCACAACGUAUCGAUACUGCCAUUGUAAUUGUUGUUUCAGACGCUGUAGUUGUCGCUGUUUAUGUUGCUGUUAUUGUUGUUCCCAGCCUUGAAUUUCGAAGCCAUUGUUAGGGUUUUGUUUCGGCUCAUUUUGGUUUUCAAACUAUGGACUUGUCCCAUCACGCGCAAUCCAAUCUCUCUCUAGGGUUUCUCUCUCACGCAUCGACGCCUCACCGGACCCCAAUCGCCGACGACUCCAUCUCGUUCCAGAUAGACUCGAGUUUCCGCCACCCGACCCACCCGGUUCCGUCUAUUCCGCUGCAGCUGAUGGAGCAGCAGACGACGGAGAAGGAGAAUCACAAAGACGUCCACAAAGAUGAGGAAAUACGAAAUGGUGAUGAUGAGAGAGAAACCAAAGAGUUCAGGAUUCUGGGUCAAUCGAUGUGCGUCAAGAGGAAAAGGGACGGUGAGUCUUCGUCUUCAUCUUCUUCGUCGAUUUCGAAAUGGGUUUCGAUUAAUCAACAAAGUCUCGAAUCGCGAAGAAAAAUUGUGCGGACUUGGGGCAACCAGUCCCUUUGCGACGCUGAUCCUGAUGUUUUUGAGAUAAUGGAGAAGGAGAAGCAUAGGCAAUUCAAAGGAAUCGAAUUGAUAGCAUCAGAGAAUUUCGUGUGCAGAGCAGUGAUGGAAGCUCUCGGUAGCCAUUUGACGAAUAAGUACUCAGAAGGAAUGCCGGGUGCGAGGUACUAUUGUGGUAAUCAAUACAUAGAUGAGAUUGAAUUGCUUUGUUGUGAGAGAGCUUUGGCCGCUUUCAGUCUGAAAUCGGAGAAUUGGGGUGUAAAUGUUCAGCCAUAUUCAUGUACAUCUGCGAAUUUUGCAGUGUAUACAGGUCUGCUAUUACCCGGUGAUCGAAUAAUGGGAUUGGAUACUCCUUCUGGAGGGAACACCAGUCAUGGGUACCAUACUCCAAAUGGGAGGAAAGUUUCUGGGGCUUCUAUAUUCUUUGAAAGCUUCCCGUAUAAGGCGAAUCCACAAACAGGGUAUAUAGAUUAUGACAAGCUUGAGGAGAGGGCACUCGAUUUUCGCCCCAAGAUACUUAUUUGUGGUGGGAGUUCAUACCCUCGGGAGUUGGAAUAUGCGAGGUUUAGACAAAUUGCUGAUAAGUGUGGAGCAGUUUUGAUGUGUGACAUGGCUCAAAUUAGCGGUCUUGUUGCUGCCAAGGAGUGCGCAAAUCCAUUUGAAUUCUGUGACAUUGUUACCUCAACAACCCAUAAAAGUCUUCGAGGUCCUAGGGGAGGUAUUAUUUUUUUCAGGAAGGGUUUGAAGCCUGGGAAGAGAGGUUCCCUUUCGGGUCAAAGUGAUGGGAACGAAAGAUAUGAGUUUGAAGAAAAGAUAAAUUUUGCUGUUUUCCCAGCACUGCAAGGGGGACCCCACAAUAAUCACAUUGCUGCUCUUGCAAUAGCCAUGAAACAAGUGGCUACUCCAGAGUACAAGGCAUAUAUGCAACAGGUGAAGAAAAAUGCCCAGGCUUUAGCAUCUGCUUUACUGAGAAGAAAUUGUAGACUGGUAACAGGAGGCACCGACAAUCAUUUAUUACUUUGGGAUUUAAGGACUCUUGGACUAACAGGUAAAUAUUUUGAGACGGUCUGCGAGAUGUGUCACAUUACUAUCAAUAAAAUUGCCAUGUUUGGUGAUAAUGGGACUAUAACAUCUGGAGGAGUGAGGAUUGGUACUCCUGCUAUGACCUCAAGAGGUUGUCUAGAAGCUGAUUUUGAGACAAUGGCCGACUUUCUUCUCAGAGCUGUACAGAUUGCGAGUUCAGUGCAGAGAGAACAUGGGAAGUUGCAGAAGGCUUUCUUGAAGGGUCUUCAGAAUAACAAAGACAUUGUAGAGCUUCGGACUCGAGUUGAAAACUUUGCCGCUCAGUUUGCAAUGCCAGGAUUUGACGUAUAGUACUUGCUUUCUUUCCAUGCAACUACUUAUGAAGAAUGCCUUCCUUCAUCAAGCGCCGACAUCUGAUGUUCAUGGUAACAAAAGCAAUGUUGCAUCCAGCUAUCUCCUUGCACUUGGUUCGUGUUAUUUAUAAUUGUUUUUUCUCAUCUUUGUGGUUAGCCUUCAGCAAAUUGGUCUACAACAUCACUAUACUUGUUUUCUUUCCAUGGUAGAGUGCAAUAAGUUUUGGUAAUGGUUCUGUUCUGCUGUUUUGGUAAAAUGGUGAAGCUGCUCCUUUCCCAUGAUGUUACGCUCUGUGAUUGGGGACAAGUUGAAAGGUCGUGAAAGGAUUAUUGGCACAGUAUCCUCCAUAAAGUUAUUAGAAGUCGGACAAUUUAUUUGAAUUUGAUAUACUGAGUAGUGAAAAACCCUGAAUACUCUCUACUACUGUUUGAUUCAUUAAGCACAAUGUUGGGCCAAUGAUCUAAUUGGUUUAUUGAUACUUCCUUGACUGUAAUUGCCAUACCAUAUAAUGAUGUACAGCACAGAUUCUCUGAGACCUUGUUCACAUCAAUAUCAUUGUAAUGGAUACGAUUCUUUUGGCCAAUUUAGGAUACUUUUGCUGCUGCAACUUUGUUGUAAUGAUACUCAAGACUUGGGCUGUGUUUGGCGACAUGAAAUUGGAGCCUUGGAAUUGGAGAUAAUUUUGGUUUUUUCCAAUUCCAAAAUUCCGGUUCCAAUUCCAAAGUUUCAAUUCCAUGCCUAGCAAACAUAGCCUUGGUGUAUUUGAGAGAAUUUUCAUUUGUUACAUGAAUCAUGCAAAUGAGUUUAUUGUUCUAAAUUUGUUUUAUUCAAGGACUAGUUGAUGACUGACCUAUGAAGCUUGGACACGCAGGGUAGGGGCGAAGUACCAGUCUUGGACACAUGUCCGACACUCUUUUACAGGUGCCCUAUUUUUUAUUUAUUUAUUUUUUUU